AUGCCAGGUGUUUCCAUCGAGGAAAUGGGCUCCAAGAUGGGCCUGAAUGGUGUGGACAAUGCGAGAUUGAACUUCGCCAAUGUGCGUGUCCCACGUGAUGCCCUUCUUGACAGAUACUCCUCUGUCUCGCCGGAUGGUCAGUACAUGUCCUCCAUAGGCGGUGGGAUUCGCAGUAGAUUCCUCAAAGUUGCUGAUCAGCUUCUAUCCGGUAGGAUCUGCAUUGCAAGCAUGUGCAUGUCCAUUGCCCAAGCUCGUCAAAAGACGGGUGAUGUGAUUGGGAGAAAUAGCUGA